AUGGGUCGCCGAACGAAGGCGCCGGCGGCGGAUGGUUCAUCGGUGGAGGCGGCGGCAGAGGCUGCACGCGGCGGGUCGCGGUCGCCUUCACUUUCUUCGGCAAUGGGUUACUGGCGCCCGCGGCUGCGGACGGGCGUUUGGACGCCGGCAUCUUCCUCCUCGGCGGCGCCGCGCCUUGCCGGGGCUCUGCGCGGCGGCCAGCUGUGCGGCGACGACGCUUGUGUGCAGCGCCACGCGCGGCGGGACGAAGAGAGCUCGGGCAACGGCGGUUGUGUUGCCGGCGUCAACGCCACCGCUAGGAUUUGGCGCAUGGGGCGGCGGGUGGAAUGGAGUAUGGAGGGGUCGAAAGAAUGCAACGGCCCGCGUAAACUCGGAGGCAGUCACACCCGCACCGCCGCCGCCGCCGCCGCCGGAAAUUCGCGAGCAUUCCAAGCCAUGCUGGACACGCCGGCGAUGCCCGCCGGAGAUUGCGAAAAGGAAACCGCUCACAAGCGCAUCUUCAAGGAAUUCAUGGCCGGGGUGGCACGGUUCGAGGAGCUCGUGGAUGGAGGGAGGCAAUUCCUCGCAAGAUUCCAGCAGGAGCUAGACUAUUUUCAGAGGCCGCUGGUUGAAUCCGAUGUUAUAGAAGUACAUUCAUGUGAGGCAGAGCUCCAAGGUUAUAUAAAUAAAGUGAAUGCACUGGUCGAAGAACUUCAAUGCCUAGUGGAAGAUGCCUAUGCCGCUACACUAACAGCCAAUCUAAGUGCUACAAAAGUUUUGGACUAUACUGUUGCUGAUAAUAGUACGAAUGAUGCAUCUCACUUCACGGAGGAAAAGGAGGAACAGCCUGCAAAUCAACUACACCGCGAUUCAUCACUCGUUAUGGUGAUGAUCCUUGUCCAUAAUAUGCUGAAGCUCGACUACACAAUGCAGGAAAAGAUUGUCAUGUCACUGUCCCUCAAGUCAUCAUCCGCAGAGCUCCAGAGCUACUGCCUUAUGUGGGAUCUGCGGCCCUACGUUGACGGCAAAGUGAUGGAUCUCGCGUGGAAAUCUUGCCCAUGAAACCCUUGCGCCCAUGGUUGUUGGUUCGCAACUUCACAUACGGCAGACUUGCCCCCAUGUAAUGUAAUUGGAUCUCAACGUGUUUAUUUUAGGAUU